AUGGGUGGAGUCAAACACCGAACGUUGAGCACCACCCAAUCUGCACGCUGCAGCCAGGGGCAUCUCGCUCGUGUGGGCCUCAUGCACAUCGGCGUGUUCAUCCUGCUGCUACUGGGUGGAGAGAGAAACGUUGGUGUUUGUCUGAAUAAACUGUACACUCUCCGUGUCCCCAUGGAUAUUCCUGUUUUUACCGGAACCCACGCAGACCUGCUCAUCGUGGUCUUUCAUAAAAUCAUCACCAGUGGACACCAGCGUCUCCAGCCUCUGUUUGACUGUCUGCUCACCAUCAUAGUCAACAUCUCCCCUUAUCUGAAGAGUCUGUCCAUGGUCGCUGCCAACAAGCUGCUCCACCUGCUGGAGGCUUUCUCCACGCCGUGGUUCCUCUUCUCCUCCUCCCAGAACCACCACCUGGUCUUCUUCCUGCUGGAGGUCUUCAACAACAUCAUCCAGUAUCAGUUUGACGGUAACUUUAACCUGGUCUACGCCAUCAUCAGGAAGAGGAAUGUUUUCCACCAGCUGGCCAACCUGCCGUCUGAUACGGCGUCAAUCCAGAAAGCUCUGCAGAAGAAGAAGCAGACUUCAGACCGUCAUGAGGCUCUUACAGGUUCUGGUCCCACAGGUGGAGAAGAUCUGCAUCAACAAGGGUUUGACAGACGAGUCAGAAAUCUUAAAGUUCCUCCAGCACGGCACGCUGGUCGGCCUCCUGCCUGUCCCUCAUCCCAUCCUCAUCAGGAAGUACCAAGCCAACGCCGGCACCGCCAUGUGGUUCAGGACAUACAUGUGGGGCGUCAUCUACCUACGCAAUGUGGAUCCUCCAAUCUGGUACGACACGGACAUCAGGCUCUUUGAGAUCCAGAGGAUUUAAAGAUGCCGGGUGGGAUCCACGUUUCUGUUUGUUUCAGCCUGUCCACCUUCUGAGAUC